GCCACCCGGCUGACGUCAUACCCCGGGAGCGCUAGUGCGCAUGCGCAAAGAACUGGCGCAGGCGCAUGGGCGGCAUGCUCCAUACCGCCCGACUCACUCCCUCCCCUGGCCUGAUGGGAAGGGGUCAAAAUGGCGGCGGCCGGCGCUGUGGCUACUCGGCUGCUCCUGCUCUUGCUGAUGGCGGCAGCAGCCCCCAGCCGGGCCCGGGGCAGUGGCUGCCGGUCCGGGGCCGCUCUGCGGGGGGCGGGAGCAGAAGGUCGAGAGGGUGAGGGCUGCGGCACCGUGGGGCUGCUGCUGGAGCACUCAUUCGAGAUCGAUGACAGUGCCCACUUUCGGAAGCGGGGCUCAUUGCUCUGGAACCAGCAGGAUGGCACUUUGUCCCUGUCGCAGCGGCAGCUCAAUGAGGAGGAGCGGGGCCGGCUUCGGGAUGUGGCAGCCCUGAAUGGCUUGUACCGUGUCCGGGUCCCUCAGCGCCCUGGGGCCCCUGAUGGCCCAGAAGCUGGCAGCUAUGUCUCCUCUUUUGUCCCUGCGUGCUCCCUGGUGGAGUCGCACCUCUCGGACCAGCUGACUCUGCACGUGGACGUGGCUGGCAACGUGGUGGGUGUGUCAGUGGUGACGCACCCUGGGGGCUGCAGGGGCCACGAAGUGGAAGACGUGGACCUGGAACUGUUCAACACCUCUGUGCAGCUGCAGCCGCCGGCCACCGCCCCGGGUCCUGAGACCGCAGCCUUCAUUGAGCGCCUGGAGAUGGAGCAGGCCCAGAAGGCCAAGAACCCCCAGGAACAGAAGUCCUUUUUCGCCAAAUAUUGGAUGUACAUCAUUCCUGUCGUCCUGUUCCUCAUGAUGUCAGGAGCUCCAGACGCCGGGGGCCAGGGAGGGGGAGGCGGCGGGGGUGGUGGUGGGGGCAGUGGCCGCUGAGGGGCCGGGGCGUCAGUGCCUGGUCCUCUUUCGUCCAGGCAACUCCCUUCCUGCCAGAGUGCUCCUGUCCUUGAUCAUCCCGAGAAGGAUUUGCUAGCUCCUCCCAGCUCCAUCCCAUGAGGGUAGAAGGACACUCCUCCCCAGGAGUCCUUUCCCUCUGGGCAGACGGGUGGCCAGAUUCUGGUGCACCCUGCCUUCCCCUGUGGUCCCUCCAUGGCCCCAAAGACUUCCUCUUGCCCACAGCAUGGAGCUCGAGCUCCUGGUCCAGCCCUGACCUUGUGUUUGUCCCCCUUUCCCCUGAGCCUCGUAGUUUGGGAACAUGCCGAGUUCUCUCCAGCCUCUGUGCCUUUGUUCGUGGUCUUCUCGCCCUGCUUGUCCCUGGCUAGGCUAGAGGGUCCCUCUACCUUGUCUGACACUGGAUUGGGCCACGCACUUCCCACCUGUCUGCCCUUGAGGGGCCUGGCACAGAGCAGGUGUGGGCUGGCCAUGGGCGCUUCCUGGGCCCCAUUCGUCCCAGCAGCCCU